CUGCGCUGUCGUCUCCACAGCGCGCGAGAAACCCACCCCCGUCGCCGUUCCCGCCGCCGCAGGAGAAGCACCACCACCUCGGGCGCGCUAUGAAUCGCUUCCCCGACAGGGGGUUCGUGCGGCUGCGGAACCGCGCGUACGGCACGUACCUCUUCGCCGACGACGACGGCGCGGGCGUCAUGCUGAAGCCGCACCGCGCCUCCCUGCAAGCGGUGUGGCAGGUGGACCGGGUCGUGCGCCGCGGCCGCGGCUACAUCGUCCUCCGCAGCGCCGCCUACGGCCGGCACCUCAUCUGCGCGACCGGGACGUCGUGGGUCGACCAAAGUCACGAGGCUUACCACACGGUCCAGGGAAACUACAAUAACCCGGAGCAGGUCGACAUCCUCUGGGCGCCUGUUCAUCGUCUGGACAACGUCCACGUCGUCAUGCUCCAAGGCCUAGAUUGUCAACGUAUCCUCCGCGCCUGCGCCCCGAACACUCCCUUCUUCAGAUACGUCUUCGUCGACGCCUUUCAACGCAGCACUAAUUACGGCACCAUGGCAGAUUGGACGGUCGAGACCAUUCCCGUGAGACCAGCACCAACCGUCAUUCCCCUCCCAGUCCCACCCCUAACUGAAGGUGUCACUCCUCUGAUUGUGUUGCGGAGAAUCAAAUACGUGCGGGCAGAUGCUAACGGGUUGUUCAACCCGGGUGCCUGGCUAAGCUGGUUAUUCGUUGGCAACUCCUUGUUGCAACUGAAACAAGACCUAGAGAUGCUGCUCAACGUAUCGAAUAUCACAAUGUACGUGCGGGCUGGCCCAUUUGCGCGGUGGACCCCUUUGGUCAUCGAUCUGCCUUCCCACCCUGCCGACAUGGAGAUCUUUGUCAUGACCGCCAUGACACCAGCGAUGUCGAUAAUAUUGGCUCACCCAGACUUUGAUGCAUAGUAGAGGAAUACCAAAGCAGGACUUGUAACAGCACCACGGUUCAUCUCUUCAUAAUCCACUUAUUGCUGUUGCGGAUACUAUGGGAUGAUCGGAUGAGAAUUGGCUGAGUUUCUUUUGUUCUCGUAGACAUAUUUUUAGAAAACUAAUGAACUCCACUUGUGGUUUGAAUUAGCCUUUUGGUUCAAGUACUACAAAAUACAAAUGAGUGAAGCACUAUGUGCGUUGAACUA